UUGAUCAAAUGAUUUCAGAGAUUGGAUUGGAUUAUGGCAGCUGAAACAAAGAAAACUUGUGCAUUUUUUCAGCUGAAAGGUCACAGAAGGCUCUGAAACACUCCUGAGUGAUAGAGCAACACUUAUAAUUUGAUAUAGACAAACCCCAUUUCAACAAUCACUCCCAUCUUUAUUAUUUUGCCUCCACAACCACUUGAAAGUUGAAAUCCUUUCAUCUUUUUACUGCUUUUCCAAGCAAACUAGUUGCUGCAACAGCAUUAUAUCUCUCACCAUUUAUAUCCUCCACCUUUUGAAGUAGGACAAGGUACUAGCAUUUAUAUUUUCAUUUUUCCUUUACCUUUAAAAAUUGCAAAAUAACACCUAAUUUCUCUUUCCACCAUCAUAAAAAGCCUCCUUAACCCCUCUUUACACAUCAAACACUUGCGCAAGCACCAUUCUUGCUCCAAAUUUUCACACUUUCUCCAAGCAAUUUCGGCCGCCGAUCGAAGAUGCAACAUUAUCUUUUCUCAUUUUCUCUUCUCCUUCUCUUCCUGCAUUGCACCAACACACUUUCCCAAUCACCAGCUUCUGCACCAGUAGCUGCUCCAGCACAGGCACCAAGACACCAACCAUCUCGCCGCCCUCACAGCUCCCCGCCACCACCUGGGCCAGUAGACGUGAUUCAAAUCCUCCUAAAGGCUGGCCACUUCACAGCCUUCGUCCGCCUUAUUAAGGCCACCCAUGUGGAUACUCAGUUAACUUCCCAACUCAAUAGCUCAACCGAUGGUAUAACCAUCUUUGCCCCAACUGAUACUGCAUUUUCAAACCUUAGAGCAGGCGCUGUUGGGUCUCUAAACGACAGAGAAAAGGUGGCAUUUGUGCAGUUUCAUAUAUUACCAAGAUUUCUAUCAACUUCCGACUUCCAGACACUGAGUAAUCCAGUAAUGACACUGGCAGGAGCCGAUAGUCGAUACCCGAUGACCAUAUCCACCACUGACAGUUCAGUGAAUAUAAGUACAGGACUCACAAAAACAAGUCUAGCUAACACUGUAUACACUGAUAAACAAGUUGCUAUUUAUGAGAUUGACAAGGUUCUUCUUCCUAAAUAUCUCUUUCCUCCAGCAGCUGCACCGGCGCCGGCGAACCCAGCAGAGAGUCCUGAAAUUCCUAAAGAUGUUUCUGGGGCAAUCAGCUCUGUUUUGCAUUAUAAAGGAGUGGUGAUAAUUGGAGUUGGCUUUGUUGCUGCAACAAUAUUAUCUUUGUGAGAGAGUACGUGCUUUUUCAAUCAUUUCUGUGUAUAAAUAUUUCCAGUUUCUGAUUAAGAUUGAACUGGAAAUUGGAAGUUUUCAUCAAAUAUUAGAGAGGGAUUGAAUAAAUAUUAAUUUUUCAUGUUA